UUCGAAUGGGAAUGGUAGACUCGGUGAGCAAAAUUGUAACUGUGAGAAAGAAUAGCAAAGACGAAGAAAUACUUCCAUAUGUCGAACAUCUGAGGCUUGGUUCUCCCAUGCUGAACGUGAAGCUGAUAUGUUCCGGGAGAGACUGCAAAGAAAGCAUCAUUCACUGGGAUUCCUAUCAUCUUCCAGCAGGUGUGCUGAUGAGCAGAGGAUGGUCACCGAAGCUCCAGACAUCUUUCUGAGGUGGAAAGGGCGAUACGCAAGUGCCGUGGCGCAAAUAAGAGAAAAGGAGAAGGAGAUUCUUGCACAAUGUCAAAAUCUGUGCAUUCGAGUGCAAUUAUUCGAGCAGUGGAGAGAAAUGGUUGCGCAAGAGGAGAGUGUCAUGAGACAAAGUGUUGAAAAUCAGAGGCGCCAAGACACGAAGUCAGGAACGAUAGACGGCCUGGUUGCAGAGCUCAAUGACCUAAAGGUCAAACUUGAUAAGACAGAGAGUCUGUUGGAUUCUACACAACGACAGGUCGAAGCUCUACAUGACAAACAUGCAUGCCAAAUUUGCAUGGCCAAACAACGGGACUGUUUGGUCAUGCCGUGCAUGCAUUUUUCUUCCACUUCUUUUCUUCCACAUUUUUCUUCCACUUUUUUGAUACUUAGGUGUUCAGAAUCACAAACAUGAUAUCUGCAAGUUUAUGUAUCAUCUCUACUAUAUACUAAUACUACUAUAUCUCUACUCUACAUACUAUACUGGUUUCCGUGAUAGAGUAUCAGUAGAGUAUGUCCUGCUUGUAGAGCAUGCAUCACGGCUUUGGUGAAGCUUAAUGUUUAGAGACUUGACGUAGCAGUUGGGACUUCCACUGAAAUCUGUGAAAAUCUACGGGUUUACAAGACUUUUAAACUGGUAGAUUCUUGAAAGUGCAUUUAGUUCCUCGCCAAAUUUCA